UCAAAAUGGUUUGAUGAAAAAAAACAUCUAUCAAUAUUAGAAUACUAGCCGCAUAGGUUUCUAAACAUCAUGAACGUUUAAAUAAAUUCAUGAAUAAAAUCAUUAAUCAAUAAAAAAUAAAGACCCCUCUUAAAAUUCAUGACACUGUAUUCCUUCGGAGAGAGCGAUCUGCUGGCUGACUGGCAGUGCGCUCCUAACCACGGUCGUCGAACAACGUAUUAAAAAAAAAACGCGUUCCACGCCGCUGUCAAAUCGCGCGCCGUUUAAACAAAUUGUAAAUAUUUUUAAAUCGCCAUCUUUUUUUCUUCAUAAAUUUUGUAAAAGUGUUUUCAUAUUUAAAUCAUUUCACGUGGUUUUCUAUUUGAUUUUUGUGUGAGUGUGUUGUACAAAAGUAAAAGGAGGUGAAACGUUUGUUAAUUUUUUGAAAGAAGAUGGCAUCGUUCUAAUCGGGAACAGCGCAUACUAAACUAAGAUGGCGGUCUGUUCGGCCGCGGUGAUCGUGGAGAAGGCCUGCAAGUACUAUGGCAGGCCCAACAAAGCUGACUUCAAACCCGUGCUCAAAGAAAUGGACAUGGUCGUCGAUAGAGGAAUUAUAUACGGUCUACUUGGACCUUCUGGCUGCGGGAAAACGACACUUCUGUCAUGCAUUGUUGGAAGAAGAAAACUGGACAGCGGAAACAUAUGGGUCCUCGGUGGAAGGCCCGGAGAGAAGGGCAGCGGUGUUCCUGGACCGAGAGUCGGAUAUAUGCCACAGGACAUAGCUCUAGUCGGCGAAUUCACAGUUCGCGAUGCAAUUUACUACUUUGGACGGAUAUACGGAAUGAAAAUGGAAAAGAUGGUGGAACGAUUCGAGUUUCUCAGUAAUCUUUUGGACUUGCCAAGCGGAAAUCGCCUCAUAAAGACCUUGUCUGGAGGUCAGCAGAGGCGGGUUUCCCUUGCAGCGGCACUAGUUCAUGAACCUGAACUUCUCAUAUUGGAUGAGCCAACAGUUGGAUUGGACCCAGUGUUAAGAGAGAGAAUAUGGGAUUUCCUAGCGGAGCAGGCGCGAGGGGGCGCCACUGUGAUCAUCACGACACAUUACAUCGACGAGACGAAACAGGCUCACAAGAUUGGACUUCUUCGCGACGGUCAGCUCUUGGCCGAGGAUUCUCCAGAGGACCUGCUGAGGAAAUUCGACUGCGACACCCUCGAGGAAGCCUUCUUGAAACUGGCUAUGAGGCAGCAUGAGAUGCCGCGGAGGAGAUCCACACUAACGUCAUCCCCAGACGUGAUCCCAGACAGCAACAUGUGUAACGGCGUGGACAGCCGGUAUCACUCCAGGGACGACUUCCCAACCAUCACCAGCAGUACUGAUGUCCUUACAAAGAAGGAGAAAAGGCCAAAAGACAGCAAGAGAUUAGCGAAGUCUAGAUAUAAAGCUGUCUUCAUCAAGAGCAUACAGCAGUUCUCCAGGCAUCCUGGUGGUUUGAUAUUCUCGAUCCUGUUCCCCAUCAUUCAAGUGGUGGCCUUCUUCUCAGCCGUGGGUCACGACCCUCGGGAUCUCCACAUCGGAGUCGUCAACGAGGAAGCUGCAUUCUCACCAUAUGGACUCAGCAUCUGCAACAACCACAGCCUGCAAACAGUGACGGUACAGGAGGACGAGACCUGCGACCUGUACAUGCUAAGCUGCUGGUUCUUAGAAGAAAUGGAAGUCAAACAGCUGUAUCAGACCCCAUUCAACACGUCAGAGGAGGCCCGCCAGGCGGUGUCGUCCGGCCAGCUGUACGGCGCGCUGCACUUCAGCAGGAACUUCAGCGCCGCGCUCGGGAAGAGGUUCACGGACGGAGAGGUCGAGGACGACGUCGUGAACGACAGCAGCGUCAGCGUCUGGCUCGAUAUGACUAACCAUCAGAUCUCGAACUUCAUGAAGACUCAGCUCCACAAGGCGUACGAAAGUUUCACGAGGCGAGCGAUGAAAGCGUGCGGGAGACCAGACAACCUCGUACAGAUUCCAGUCCACUUCGGAAAACCAGUGUUUGGGAAAAGCGAGCCACAGGUCGUCAGUUUCAUGGCUCCUGGUAUCCUUAUCACGAUCAUCUUCUUCCUGUCGGCCGUGGUGACGUCCACCCUGAUGAUCACAGACCGGCUCGAGGGCGUGUGGGAGCGCAGCGCGGUGGCCGGCGUCAAGCCAAGAGAGAUGCUCAAUGUCCACAUCACGCUACAGUCCACCAUCAUAUUCUUACAGACAUUGGAGAUGAUGGCUCUCGCAUUCAUCGGCUACGGCAUCCCAUCAGUGGGUUCGAAGAUGGUGUGUGGGCUACUGCUGUUCCUGCAGGGUAUCUGCGGCAUGUGCUACGGGUUCCUGCUGUCUGUGUACUGCUCAAGUCAUACGAUGUCCUUCUUUGUGGCUACUGGAAGCUUUUACCCCAUGAUUUUGUUGUGCGGUAUCUUAUGGCCUCUAGAGGGUAUGUCAAACACACUCCGCAUAAUCGCCCUGACGCUGCCCUUCACGAUACCUUCCAAAUCCCUUCGAGACAUCAUGGAGAAGGGCGCCACCAUCAUGGAACCCUCCGUCAUCUAUGGCUUCCUCACCACACUAGCAUGGAUAGUCAUCACCCUAGCUUUAAUAUACCUCAGAUUAAGGUAUAAGAAAACGUAACUGAUUUGUCUUUAGUCAGUUUAAAACCUAUCUUUGGUUGUAGAUAUUUGACAACCAAAAAUGAAUACAAACUUUUUUUACCAGAGAUAAAAUUUUAUAAAGAAAACUAUAGAUUCUUAUUCUAUGGUUUAUGUCAAGAUUCGGUCGUUUGAACUUUAGAGACGUCAUUAAAAAUGACCGUUAAGGUUUAAUUGUAAGGUGGAUGAUAGCAUAGUUUGUCCAAGACUUGUAUAGCUUUUGUUAAUUACUGGUUUAACUUUAACUUGAGUUUUUAACUAGAAUUAUUACACUAUUCAUGUUACCACUAAAAGGUGCUUAACUUUAGACGAGGAUAACGGCCUAAUCAAGAACGAUACUUUGCUUACGCUGCUUUGGUAAGGGAUUUGGAUAGGUGUAGGACAGACGUGUCUAGUCCAGUUUCACGUAGAAUGGCUAUCAAAGCGAGUACCCUAUCAUACACAAUGUAUAGUCUCAAAUCAAAUCGCGACUAAUUUAAGUCGUGGCAAGUCACUGACUAGACAGUCACAUAUAGCAUGACAGCGUGACCGCAGCUUAAGUGACGUUCAAAAUUGUCUAUUUGUCCACAUAUUCCAUUUGACAAUUACAAAGACAGAACGAAUAAUUAACGACAUUUUUCAGUGUCAAUCUUGAAUUCGGUUGUCUAUAAUCUCUUUAGUACACAAAUCUCGAAUUCAUUACAAAAUACCUUGAAUAACUCAGUUUGUAAUAAAUCUUUUUAUAAUAAAAACGAAAUGAAGAAACAAAGUGCAAAAGUCAUUGUAAUACAGAUCACUUACUGUAUGAUUUUAUACAGUAUUUGUGACAAAUGUUAAGAAUAUCGAAACGAUUAACGAGAAACACCGUCGAUGGCAUUUAUAAAUCAUAGACAAUCACAGAAAAUAGAUUUCUUUGGCAUUAUUUUAAACUUUAGUCAGGAUUGGCCCAAUAUUAAUUCUGAGGCCGCAUUUAAAAACGACUUUGACAAUAUUUUAUUUAAAAGCCAAUUAAGCAUAUUAAAUAUAUGCUAAAUUGGCUUAAAAAAAUGAAGCAUAUUCUUAAUAAUAAAUUGAAUGUACCACUAAUUUUAAUUGCAACAAAUAGUGUGAAAUUUUUAAAAACUGAUUAUCGAUUAGUAUCAUGUGACAAAUAUUGUUUUUAUUGGUAAGGUUAAAUUAAGAUUUUGGGAUCUUUCACAAAACCAAACGUUGUAUACGUAAAUGGUUUUUUAACUUGGUUUUUCUUAUUGGUUACUGUAUUAUUGUGAAAGGCCGAAUCGGGUAGCGUGUAUAUAGCUUGUAAUUAUUAAUAUUGUCUCUCUGAAUUACAGAAUGUAAAAUGUGAUAAAAACUAAAAUAUUCUGUAAAUCUGGCAGUAUAUUACUGCUAGGGAACAUGAAAAUGUUUAACAAAUGCUUAAAUAGAUGUAGUUCUUUGUAAAAUGUGCUCAAAAAGUGUGGAAUACAUUACAGGUUUUUUUAAUGAGUUUUUCUUAGUGUAGCACCAUAUUUUUGUGAGUGUACAACACUAAAAACUUAUAAUUUGAAGUAAAGGUGUACUAAAGUACUGUAAGUGUAUUUAGAAAAAGCAUUUCUAUUGUUUAGUUUGUAUGUUCUUAAAUUGUAAAAUGUUACUUUCUUUGUUAGAAAGAUUGCCGAAGUGGUGUCGUGAUACCAUGUGAUUUGUGGGUACCUAUUUAUAAAUAAAGAUUUUUUUCUAA